CAUUAACAAAAUCGCGUUUCAAGUCUUUAAACGUGUAGUGUCAGUGCCAUGAGAUCGAUGCGCGUGCUUAUGUGCCGUCUAAUUGAUGCGUUUGCGUUUUGACUUUAGUUUUUAUUAGUUUCGUCUAUAAAAUUAAAAGGUCGAAAUGAACGAGCUAGACAGACAGCUGGCCGAGCUUGCCCUACUAAAUAAAUCGGAAUUGCCCCCCAAUCCGAAUCUGAGAACGCCGGGCAAAAAAGUAGGCCCCGCUGUGCCGCCCAAACCAAAGAAGACGCAGCCGCAGGUGCCGCAAUCAUACCCCCUUAAGCAGACAGUUGAGCCCAGCUACUCGUCCCGUAUACAAAAUGCGCAGUUUUACUCAAACCUCAUUAACCCAUCCCACUAUUCUAACUCCGCGCCCGCCCAGGAUAACAACUACGCCAAUUUGACGGCCUCCGACGGGCAGGAGCAGUUUUCCAGGAGCCCUUCAGUUAUGACUAACAGUUCUUUGCCUAGGAGCACCCCAAGUUAUGGUUCGUACGCUACCAAAAGCUCCAGUCUAGCGUCUACCCUCGCCAGUACACCCAAACCAUAUGGAAAUAAGUCGGAGGUUACCUACAGUAAUAUACAAAUUCCACCUAACCGGAAUCAAGAUGGACUCAUCUACAGUAACUUAGCGCAUCCGCCGAGAGAAGGUGCCGUAUACAGCAACCUUCCGCAGCCUAAUACGGGUGCUUAUCCUAAUGGUGAUUUGCCCCCGCCCCCGCCGCCACUGGACAUGACGUCGGGUCUGGCCGAUUACCAGCCCUGCACGGUAAACACGAACUUACCGCCGCCCCCCGACGAUCUGCUACCACCUCCCUCGCCAGUCAGCUCGAGCUAUAGCGAGCUGAGGAGGGCGACCCAGCCCGAUUCCACAUUCCAUAAUUAUAGUUUAGGCUCGCAGUAUGGGGAUACAGAAUCCCUGUACAGCGUCGGGAUGUCGCAGUCUUCUUCCACCUACGAAUCGAUCUACGAGCCAAUCAACCCGCGUCCUCCGAGUCAGAUGUCUUCUAGGUCGAAUUAUUCGCUUUACGGGCCUUACGUAAGCGGCGCUAGUAGCACCAUGACAGGGCCUAGCCAAUCGGUGAGCCGGAUAGGGCACAACAAAGAACAAGAGGUGGACAGUUUGACCGACAUGCUCGUCCAAGGUAUGGGCGGGGCUCGCGAACUUGACCCCGAGGACGUGUACGGGAUAUGCAUCAAGUGCGGGGAGAAGAUCGUGGGAGAGAAUAGCGGGUGUACGGCGAUGGACCAACUCUACCACAUAAAAUGUUUCACGUGCCACCACUGCGCCAUAAAUCUGCAAGGCAAGCCGUUUUACGCGCUCGACGGACACCCCUAUUGCGAAGAAGACUAUUUGAACACUUUGGAGAAGUGCUGCGUCUGUCAGAAACCGAUCCUAGAUCGUAUCCUGAGGGCUACUGGUAAACCGUACCAUCCGGGUUGUUUCUGUUGCGUGGUAUGCGGAAAGAGCCUGGACGGCAUACCGUUCACCGUAGACGCUACCAACAGGGUACACUGCAUCGAGGACUUUCACAAGAUCUUCGCCCCGAGAUGCUGGGUGUGUAAACAGCCCAUAAUGCCCGAGCCUGGCGAGGAGGAAACCGUAAGGGUAGUGGCACUCGAUCACAGUUUUCACAUACAAUGCUACAAAUGUGAGGACUGCGGUUUGGUUUUGUCUUCGGAAGCGGAGGGUAGGGGCUGCUAUCCAUUGGACGGACACGUUUUGUGUAAAAGUUGCAACGCCAAGAGGGUGCAAGCCCUUACGAGUCACAUGACUACCGAAUUAUAAGGCCUUUGUUGAAAUUUAAAAUAUUCCAUGGUUGAAAAAAAAAGUAUUUAUUUAAUAAAAUUUCCAUUAUUAUAGAAAGGACUCCCUUCAUGUGAUUUAGAAAGCUAUUUGUAAUUGCGGUGCUUUUAGCUUAUUUCUAGUUAUCGAAUUUUAUUUGAGCUUGCUUUUUUUUUAAAUAUAUUAUAUUAUAUUAUAAACGAAGUUCUGGUCAGAUUGUAAUGUUGUGAUCGUUUUUGAAUGUGCCAAUGUAAAGAAUAAAACAAAAUAAAUAGAGGCUGUUCCCAAAAUUUGCAAAAAUUAAUAACCCUAAGAAAGGUUCUAUGGACACCAUUUAUAAAUCAAACUCG